GAAUAGUCUUGGGGAUCAGGCAUAGAUUUCUAUCUUAGACCUCUGUUCAUUAGCUUCGUGAACUUGAGAAAGUAACUUCCGGGGGAAUAAAUGAGGAAAUAUAUGUUAUAAAUUUUAUAGAUCAGGAUUCCAAUCAAUGCCCGUUGUAGUUGUUAGAGCUUGGGUCUUUUUGUGCACAUUUCCAAGGACAAAGUCACAAGUAGGAGGGGUUAAAAUACGAGUUCGUUAACAGACUACCAUAACUCCCAAACAGGAGGCAAUCACAUAUACAGUAGGCGCCAAACCAAUUCAUUUACUACCAAUCCCUCCCUGUACGUAUGUGUACCAGAAACUCUCCACGCGGGAAAUGACUUUGCCCCUAGAAAACAUGGCUUCCAGGUCAUUUCCGUUCUCCUUUGGCCCGUAAUCGCGAUCCGCGACUUCUCGCGGUUUUUCAGUUGCUACUAGUUUAGCGAAGUGUCUCCCAGGGCUAUUCUAGAGGGCGGGUUCACGAGGGAGAUGCUGCGUUGUGAUUGGUUGCUCUGAGCGAGGAACGCAAAGUGGUAGGCCAUGCCAGGAUGUGAUUGGUUGUCGAGAGGCGGGGGCGACUUGAUCGGUGGAGAGGCGGCCGUCGCCACAGAGAGAGCCAUGGGUCGGCCUGCCAAGCAGGUUUUACAGCUCUUUAAAACCCUGCACAGGACUAGACAACAAGUUUUUAAAAAUGAUGUGAGAGCUUUAGAAGCAGCAAGAAUAAAGAUUAACGAAGAAUUCAAAAGUAAUAAAAGUGAGACUUCUCCUAGGAAAAUAGAAGAGCUGAUGAAAAUAGGUUCCGAUGUUGAACUGUUGCUCAGAACCUCUGUUAUACAAGGUAUCCACACAGACCACAACACACUGAAAUUGGUCCCUAGGAAAGAUCUUCUUAUAGAAAAUGUGCCAUAUUGUGAUGUACCAACUCAGAAGCAAUGAAUUUUCUAGGAUAAAACAAGUCUUUGUAAUUUUUAAUUUUAAAAAUGUAACUCCUAACAGUGCAGAUGCUUUUCUCUGAACUGGCAUAUUGGAAAUCAAUGACCUAGAUAAAAGCUUCAUAAUUCAGUUUCACAUUAAAAGGACAUUGCUACAAACUACAGAACAUAGCUAAGCAUUUUAAAAUAACGUUAGGUAAUACAAUUUAUUUUCAUUGAAAAUCAAACUUUAUAAAGUGAAAUAAAUGCUUGGGGAGGUAUAUCAUGUUUAUUUCUCUGUGACCUUGAUACAUAUUUUGUCCUUACUGUAGCUAUUUGGAAUUGUGGUAUUUUAACAAGUUGGUGAGUUUUCCUCCCAUGGGAAUCGCAAUUAUUAGAUUAAACUGUUGUUUAGUCCCCAAAAUAUUAAAUUGGUUAAAGUCAUAGUGUGUGCCAGCUCUCCACAGAACAUCUGUUGUUUCCCAUAACACAGGAAUUAUUUCUGUAGCUAGCUAAUAAUUGUACAGUUUCUUUUUUUGAGAUAGAGUGUGUCUCUGUGUUCUUAUGAAGAUGUUUGUAAUCAGUCUUCUGGGGAUGGAGCAGUACAGUAUCAGAAGCACCAGGGCCACUGUGGAUCACAUUCCGGUGGUCGUAGCAGAGGUAGCUGGGCUUCGCCAGUGAGACGUUCUGACGAAAACGCGAGAGAGGGCUUCAUUCUCCUCACCUCAGUCAGUGAAAUUUGGGCGGCUUCUCCCUGUCUCUUCUCUGAUGAGACCGGCACUGGUACACGAGAGCGUGGCAUUGGGUCAUCUAAUGCUAGGACAUAGAACGUUGUAUUUGAUGUUCUUGUUUCUCUUUUAUCUGUGUAUCUUUUUUUUUUUUUUUUUUGUACCAGGGAUUGAACUCGGGGCCUUGGGCUUAAGAGGCAGGCGAAGUGACACGGAACUAAAUUGCCGGCCCUUAUCUGUGUAUCUUUACUCUAAUUUCUCAGUGAAUAAUGUGUUCUGUCCCAUUCACUUAGGAAUUUUCUUUCAUUUGAUGACGAUACAGUGUUUAUAAGUUUUGCAAGAUUCUCAAUGCAAGGUUUGUAAAGUUUUUGUUUGUUUUUUGGUACCA